ACAAUACUGUUUGUAACACUAGUUGCAGGCCGAAGGCUUUCAAGUGGGCGCGGCUGCUGAAACCGCCCGCGCCGCAACACUCACUCAGUACUCAGUUACAUCACUGAUCCGCGCGCGUGCGCACUCGCCGCUUGAACCUGGCUCAGGUUAUACUUAUCCACUUGUUAUGAGUUCAAUAGUGUCUUGAUAAAAUGGUUUUUGGCACAUCUCAAUGCGCGUUGCUGCUGCUGGUGCUGCAGUGCAGCAGCGGGGAGCGGUGGCGCUGGCCGGACGACGCGGAAGGCGCGGCGAGCGUGAGGAUCGACGCCAAGGUGGCCUUCGUGGACGGAGACCAGGGCGGCAGCAGAAGAAACAACCGACAGAACAUCCAAUCAGACGACAUCUUCCAGCAGCCGACAGACACGGAGGGCUUCUACAACCGCCCCCCCGGCGCGGGCCGCUACCCCCCGGGCAGGAGCGACGACAGAGACAUCCGGAUCAACGGCCGACCCGCGUACGACGAUGGCGGAUACAAAAACGAGAAAUAUCAGGACGGUACGUUAGACGCGCUUCAGUACUGCAAGUGUGUCUCUACUCCCGAUUGUGAACUACGAACCGACUAUAAGAAUGCGUGUGGAGCAAAUCAGUAUCUCUGUUGCUACAAAGGCAAACAAAAUGGACAGUCAGAAUACUUCAACGAAGUGGAUGGCGAGCGUCCCAUGCUAUUUCCGGGACAAUCCAACAAAGCAGGCCCGUUUCCCCCUCCGAACUAUGAAAACAAUGUUGAUUUCGAGUCAGGUCACGGAUAUGAUUCCCAAGGUCAAUCUGGUAUACUCGUUGGACCCGGAGGUCCGACCGGAAUAAUCGGACCCCAGAAAAAACCAGUACUAGUUGGACCCGAUGGUCCUACUGGAGUAAUAGGACCUGAUAGACCUGGAGUGGUAUUCCCUGAAAGACCUGUUCUUGUAGGUCCUGGAGGUCCCACUGGAGUUAUUGGGCCUAAUAAUGAUAGACCUGUUCUUGUGGGCCCCGGUGGUCCAACUGGCAUAAGAGGUCCUAAUAAUGAUAGACCUAUUUUAGUAGGUCCUGGAGGUCCCACUGGAGUCUUUGGCCCCGCUAAUAAUGAUAGACCUGUUCUUGUAGGUCCAGGCGGUCCUACGGGCAUUAUCGGGCCAGCAAACUACGACCGUGAUGAUAAUCUACUUGUCAGACCACUCGGAUCUCAUAACGAUGUACGACAAAGUGAAUCAGCGCAACGAGGAGUUCUGGUUGGUCCUGGUGGUCCAACGGGAAUAAUCGGUCCGGCUUUUAACCUACCUUAUUUGUUUAGCUCUGCUUUUGGCGGAUCUGGAUUUAACCGACCCGUACUAGCCGGUCCGGGUGGACCUACAGGUGUAAUCGGGCCGAGGCUUGUCGGUCCAGGAGGUCCUACGGGUAGAAUAGGUCCGGACUUCAACCGUCAAUCGCGGGGUGGUGGAGUUUUAGUAGGUCCGGGGGGACCGACCGGUAUCAUCGGGCCGGGCAGACCGAUCCUCGUGGGUCCCGGAGGCCCGACCGGGAGAAUCGGCCCAAGAAGCUUCGGCUGCAUGCGUCGCAAACACAAUCAAACCAAAACGUCGAAUGGAAAGCUAUCUACUACGAAGAAUAGAACUCAAUGUGUUUGUUCUUCUUCUUCUCAAAUGUAAUUAGGUUCAAGUUAGUCUAAGUUUACCUUACCAUUGUAAUAUUGUAUUAUUAUGUUAAUUAAAAUCUGAAAAUGG